AUGCGACUGACGUUUCAAGCUACACUCGCUCCUAAAAGCUAUGAACAGGUUUGUAUGGUUCAAUGGGAUUCGGCCUGGAAAGGCAACUUUCCAACAAAGACCAUUUUAGUUGGGUUUCACAACAUUCAGUGGUUACCAGCAGCAAACAACUUCCCUCUCCUUAUGACCGGAAUGCGAGCAAGCUCGGAAUUGGUCAGACGACGCAGUCCUCAAGUGGUGCGACACCACAUCAAGUUGUGUCCUCUUUCACCUUUCUUCUUCAACUUCGUCAUUGAUACGGUCAUGAAAGACUCACUACCAGCCUCUAAUACCUGUGGGGUCGAAGUGCUCCCUGGGUCUCCGCUCACAGAUAUCGAGUACGCAGACGACACAGCUCUUCUGGGAUCUGACCCCGUGGUAAUGCAAACAAUAUUAAAUAAUCUAAAUAAUUCUGCCUCGCGGUUCGGCAUGCGCUUCACACCUGCAAAGUGUAAAGUGCUACUGCAAGACUGGGUGGACUGGAACCCUAGCCUCAUGCUUGCGGAUGAACCGAUUGAGACGCUGUACGCCAACUCCCGCGGCCGUGUAAAGGUCUAUGGGAAGCUCUCUUCUGAGUUCACCAUAUCCAGUGAUGUCCGACAGGGUUGUCGUCUUUCACCUUUCCUCUUCAACUUCGUCAUUGAUACGAUCAUGGAAGACGCACUACCAGCCUUUAAUGCCUGUGGGGUCGAAGUGAUCCCUGGGCCUACGCUCACAGAUAUCGAGUACGCAAACGACAUAGCUCUUCUGGGAUCUGAUCCCGUGGUAAUGCAAACAAUAUUAAAUAAUCUAAAUAAUUCUGCCUCGCGGUUCGGCAUGCGCUUCACACCUGCAAAGUGUAAAGUGCUACUGCAAGAUUGGGUAGGCUCGAACCCUAGCCUCGUGCUUGCGGAUGAACCGAUGGAGGUAGUAGGCAAAUUUGUUUGUCUGGGCAGCUGUAUCAGUCCCAGUGCUCUAGCGAAAGAUGAUAUUUCCAUCCGGAUUGGAAGGCCGGAAGCCUUUAAUGCAUAG